AUGUACUACGGAAACUACAACGCCAACCCUUACUUCGGCAAGGGACUCACCGCGAAGAUUCCUGACGCGCUCUUCAGCAAGCGAUGCGGCGCGUGCUUCAAGGUGAUCUGCAGCAACGACACGAAGCGCUGCCGCAGCGGCAAGGCCACCGUCACCGUCCGCGUCGUCGGCGCCACCAAGACGGAGGGGAAGCAGAUUUCGCUCUCCGCCGUCUCAUGGGCGAAAAUCGUGCAGGGUUCGGAAACUGCCCCUGUGAACAUCACGUACAAGCGCACCAACUGCGUUUCCACCGCCGGAUCGGCGGUGCGCGUGCGCAGCAACUCCACCGCGGAGCAUUUUAACAUUCAGAUGGUCGGCCUUGCCGGGCCCGGCACGCUUACCGAGGUAGAGCUUAGCGCGGACGGCAAAAAGUGGGUGAAGCUGACCCGCGACGGAAACAAGGCGAUUUGGGGGAUCAAGGGCAAGGAGGCGAAGGCGGUUGUGGGCGCGAAGAAGGCUAUGAGCGUUCGCCUCACUGCGGGACACACCAGGGAGAAGAUCACCCUCGCGAAUGUCAUUCCCACCGCCUGGAAGCCUCAAACGCUCUACUCGUCCAAGACCAACUUCAAGAAACUCAUGGCUGAGGCCAAUUCUCUCUUUGUUUUACAGAGGAUUGCAUUGAAGGAACAGCCUCCCUCUGAUGCUUCGCCCCUGGAUGCUCCUCCCUCGGAUGCUCCUCCCCCGAAUGCUCCUCCCUCGGAUGCUCCUCCCCCGAAUGCUCCUCCCUCGGAUGCCCCUCCCCCGAAUGCUCCUCCCUCGAAUGCUCCUCCCCCGAAUGCUCCUCCCUCGGAUGCUCCUCCCCCAGGUGCUCCUCCCCGGGUGCUCCUCCCUUAG